ACAAUCAUAAACUGCGAGGUUCUCUUUGUAUGUACACUAUGUGUGUAUAUACUUAUCGCGGGAGCAUGGUUUUAUUAUGAUUUUUGAGCGCCAGGUGGCCGCGUUUUUGUUGUCGAUUUGUCGGCGGUGCGGCACGGCUGCCCCAGCGCCAUUACAUCGAUAAAUGUCACCGCAACUGUCCGCGUAAACGCCGCCGUUGAGCGUCAAGCACCGAUCAUCAGUGGAGAGUGCCGAGUGUUAUUUUCUCCCCGGCGAGAAGGAGAGAAAGAGACGAGCGUGAUCGCACGUCGACCUUUCGGCAGAACGCCGCGCGCAGACAAGAGCGAUGUCAACCAAGCGGAAAAACACGAGCGGCAAGAAGAGCCGUGCCAAGCCGCGCAAGGUCGAGUACGACGAGGAGGACAUUUCCAGCGAGCACGAUUCGGAGGUCGACGAGGCCGGUUCCAACGCCGACGGCGAGGACGCCGUUGAGGAUGCGCUCGCGGACGUCUCGAAUAUGCCCGAGUUACCGGCACCGGAGGGUGGCUGGGGCAAGCCUGGAACAUUACUCAUGUGUGGCCUUACUAAUUGGGAAAUGGCUGGUCGUAAAGCACCGCCUAAAGGGGUAAAGGCAAAUGUAGGACGUAGCCUAUGGACACCGCACACCUUUAAAAAUUUGAACAAUGCCAGAGUACGUUUGAUCGCAUCUGGACCUUCUGCCUCCCAUAACAUUAUUGUUACAGAGGACAAUAGAUGCCUGGCUUUUGGCAAAAAUGAUAAAGGUCAAUUGGGUGUUGGAGACUCAAAGCGUCGUGAUGAACCCACCGAAGUCGAAGCCUUAAAGGGGCACACAGUCAUAGGAGCAUCGUGUGGCCGCAAUCAUACUCUAUUUUUAACGAGCCGAGGUAUAGUUUUCGCUGCUGGCGACAAUAAACUGGGCCAAUGUGGAGUCGGAAAAUCGGACGCCUGUAUCGUUACUGCCACCAAAGUGAAAUAUUCAGGACCGCCGAUAGUGAAGGUAGGAUGCGGUGCUGAGUUCUCCAUGAUUUUGGACAUCAAAGGUGGCCUGCACUCGUUCGGAUGUCCGGAGUACGGCGCUCUAGGCCACAACACCGACGGCAAGUACUUCAUCACGAACACGAAGAUGGCAUUUCACUACGAGAAAGUGCCUAAGAGGAUCGUCUUGUAUGUCGAGAGGACUAAGGAUGGUCACGUGACACCGUUGGACCGCGUUGAGAUAACAGAUUUCAGCUGUGGCCAUCACCAUACGGUUGCGAUUGACAGCAAGAACCGCGCAUUCUCAUGGGGAUUCGGUGGAGUGGGCCGUCUCGGGCAUAACGAGCAACGCGACGAACUGGUGCCGCGUCUGAUCAAAUUCUUGGAGCCACCCAGCCGUGGUGUCAGAGCGGUGCACUGUGGCAGCACAUACAGCAUUGCCAUUAACGUGCACGGCUUUGCCAUGAUGUUUGGUCAAACGAAGCGCACGGGUGAAGCCAACAUGUACCCCAAACCCAUUCAGGAUCUGUCUGGCUGGGAGAUCCGUUGCGUCGGUUGUUCACAGACAAGCGUAGUGGUUGCGGCUGACGAUUCCGUUAUCGCCUGGGGCGCCAGUCCUACGUUUGGAGAAUUGGGUUUUGGUGAAAUGCGAAAGUCCUCAACAACUCCAAUGGAGGUGAAAGCCUUAGAAGGUUUAUACAUUACUGCCGUCACGUGUGGUUUGUCUCAUACGCUUAUGAUCUGCCGGGAUGACACUGAGGAGGAAAGGGCGAAAAUUAAUAAGUUACAGAUAUACUCUGUCUAAAGUACACACAAGAGGUAUUCUUCGGUUACGUGAAACGAGUUUCCAUUACGUCACUAUGCAGAUGAUUGAGCCGGAAAGAAAGAACGUUAUCGUUCCUUCGGCGAAUCAUAGCUACGUUUUGAUAAAUUGAAAUGAACCGACCGAGUAUCCAAGAACGAUAACAGUAGAUUGCCACACGAAACGUCCUGGAGAGAUAUAGGCUAUUACACUACUUUGUACUUCCAGUUUUUACUUAACGCGCGAAUGACAGUUGAUCUGUGUAACAUUUGAAAACCCAUUAUGUUCAGCAGCUCAGGAUAUAGACCAAACAAGAUAGAUGCAAAAAUAUAUUUUGAUACGUUGCUAUUUUAUUGAAGUUGUAACUUUCACCAGAAUUGAGAUAGUUAUUCAUAUGAAGGAGCUGGAGGAGCCGGAAAGAGGACAUUGUAGGAUUUAGCAUAACUGUCCUUAUUUUUAUUGCUUUUUUAAUCAAUUUGCACAUUCGAAUAGUUUAUCCAUUGAUUCAUCACAGUAGUACCUGAAUCAUUACAUCUGCAGAAAUCGUUUUGACAAUGCGCAUGCAGAGACGGUCCCUGUACAUGAUCAAUGCGAGUGAGUCAUUUAAGUAGAUAAUAUUUUUAAUGAUUAUUUUAAUGCUAUGUGCAUUACAUUUCAAUAUCCAUUAUACUUCGAGAUUUGAUAAGAAAAUGAUUUGAUUUCUGUAUUAUCUAACGUAUUAUCUAUUGAUUGUGAAACGUUACAUUGUAUGACUAAUGUUUCACUUUUAUGUAAAACAAUAUAUGUUUAUUUAAUUUUUGUUAAAAUUUUACACAUCUAAAAAAUGAAGUCUGACGUAAACCUUAUGUAUUUUACUACGAAGUGAUACCAUGUUGUAGAGGUUUCGGAUUUAUUUUAACUUCCAUUUAUAUUCGGACAUUUCUCGAAUAUGUAUUUUAUGUUUUAGAGUAUUUCUUUCUUUCAUGAUAGUUUGUAUAGCAUAUAUUUCUUAUAUUAUCGUAUAGAAACAUAAUAAGAAUGUUUGGUCAAGUACAAUCUAGUAAAACAACUUAUAAAAUACGUUUAAGUAUUUCUUGAACUCAAAGUUACAACUCUGAUCACUGCCAGGAUGUAUUAUGAACAUCUUUUUAUUGUGAUGUCAAAUAUUCAUUCCAUUCCGUUCCAUAUAAUACUCUCGUGCGAUUUCUGCACUGAAAUAUUGUUCUGAUGAAAAACUUGCGAUAAAUGUACAAGUCCAAAUAUGAAAUAAACGAAUUUUUAAUGAA